AUGGUGAAGGUCUGUCAAGAUAUUGGUGGCCCUGCAUCUUUUGAUAUUCAUGAACUGAGCGAUAUGCUAGCUAACUGCAAUCCUGCAAGUCGCUCUAACACGCCAUUUUCCGUAAAAGACAUACUGAAUUUAUCCGACGACCAGUACUUCUUCAAUAAUGCAUCAUUGGAUAAGAUACUUAUGGAUAUGAAUGUGAACUACAACCAAAACCUGGUAUUUCCCCAGGAGCAAAGAUGGGACACUGAACAUGCUGUGGGCAGUAAUUCUUUUGAAACUUUGUCUUUUCCAGAAUCUAAUGAAUUCAAAACCACACAGAUUAUUGCACAAACUUGCUCUCCAUCAUCUUCACCGGCAUCGUCAAUUCAUAGCUCUUCUUCGGUAUGUGGUCCCAUAAUUACAACAUCAUUCUCUUCGAAUUCCGGGCCUCUGAGCUCUUCAUAUCCUCCGGCAAAGAUAGAUGGCAACUCAGAGCAGGGGAAUGAAAAUAUUAACAAUCAAAAUUUGUGGUCAGAGUGCAAAUUGAAUAAACGAAGUGAUAUAAGUGCUCGACAAGCAAGUUCUGCCCGCCAAGUGCAUAACAAUAUAACUUUCUCUUCUACAAAAAAUGAAGCGAAUCCACGGAUUAAAAGUAAAUCCAAUGAAAAGCAUCAAGCCGGGAGUUCUUUUUCUCGCGGGACAAGAAAUAAAAGACGACCUCGAGUGCUAUUUUCUCAAGAUCAAGUAGCUGAACUAGAACGACGAUUCGCCUAUCAACGUUAUCUUUCUGCACCAGAAAGGGACCACUUUGCCGCAACUUUAAAACUCACAUCGACACAGGUGAAAAUUUGGUUCCAGAACCGACGCUAUAAAAGUAAAAGAAUGCGGCAAGAAAAAGAGGCAUUGGAGGCACUGGAUCCAAUUUGCUACAGCCAUAGAAGUAAUAUGAUCCCCCCUCAUUUUUCCAAAUCCAUAGGUUCAUACAAUCCAGCCUCUUUACAGAAUUACGUUCCUCCUUACCCGUUCAGUCUCCCAAAUCCUGAUGCAGUUGGUAUGUUUGGAACCAUUCAUCAUUUUCCCCAAGAGAACAGUUUCGUCAAAGAAAGACAGCCGUUGCCAUAUAGUGGAAGUGGUGAUAUGAAUGAUGUGUUUGGGCCGUUUGACAACCAACUUAUUUCAUCAAAUCCACAUUUUAGUGAUAACCGCUUUGUGUACAAUAAUCAAGAUCUAGAUCCAAAUACUAAAUUCAUGUGA